ACCGCUUGUGCGAGUGUACAGAACAAUUCCUCCGUUUUAAUGAUAAAAAAAAAUCAGUUUCUCUCUAAACCUUGUUGUAGAUUUUACACUUCGGGUAAAAAAAAACAGUUCUGUGAAGAGAUUUUACACCUGAGUAACAAAAUGAAGCUGAAAAGUAAUAAAAGUCCAGCUUUUCCCUGGUUUGGUUUGGAUAUUGGUGGAUCCUUGGUGAAGCUGGUGUACUUCGAGCCACAUGACAUGACAGAGGAGGAGGAAGAGGAGUUGGGGAGCUUAAGGACGAUUUGCUCAUACCUCAGAUCCAACAUGCUGUACAGGAAGUGCGUCGUGCGGGACGUCCAGCUGGAGCUUCGGGACCUGAGCUUGUGUGGACGAGUCGGGACACUGCACUUCAUCCGCUUCCAAACAGCCAACGUCAUGCCCUUCCUUGCCGCUGUACAAGAGAAAACCAUCGGCAAGCUCCACAGGACCAUCUGCGCCACCGGGGGCGGGGCUUACAAGUUUGAGAACGACUUCAGUAUGAUCGCGGGUGUGGAGUUAGCUAAGCUGGACGAGCUGAACUGUCUGAUCCAUGGGUUGCUCUAUUUGGAUGCAGUUGGGUUUAAUGGGAAACCGGAGUGUUAUUAUUUUGAGAACCCCACAGAUACGCAGCGCUGCAUGAAGCGGAUGUGUUGUCUGGACAACCCGUUCCCCAUGCUGCUGGUCAACAUCGGGUCUGGGGUCAGCGUCCUCGCUGUUUACUCCGAGAACAAAUACAAACGCAUCUCCGGCACCAGUCUGGGUGGAGGGACGUUCCUGGGUCUGUGCUGUCUGUUGACGGGCUGCGAGACGUUUGAGGAAGCUUUGGAGAUGGCGAGCAGAGGAGACAGCAACAACGUGGACAAACUGGUGAAGGAUAUUUACGGAGGAGAUUAUCAACGGUUCAGCCUCCAGGGGUCCAUUGUCGCCUCCAGUUUUGGGCACAUGAUGAGUAAGGAGAAGAGGGACAGCAUCUCUAGAGAAGACCUGGCUCGAGCCACACUGGUCACCAUUACCAACAACAUCGGCUCCAUCGCACGCAUGUGUGCCGUCAAUGAGAAAAUCGACAGGGUGGUGUUUGUUGGGAAUUUCUUGCGGAUCAACACGUUGUCAAUGAAGCUGCUCGCAUAUGCCCUGGACUUCUGGUCAAAAGGACAACUGAAGGCUCUUUUCCUAGAGCAUGAGGGUUACUUCGGAGCAGUCGGUGCGUUUCUGGAGCUCUUGAAGUCAUCUGAAGACCCCUGAGAAACACCUCACAUCUCUGAUGUUAAUGUGUAAACUGUAAAUAACCUUUACACCUUUAGAGCUUUUAUUAUUGUAAGAUAAGAGAUUUUAUCACUAAUUCACACGGAGCAGGGGUGUGUUUUUUUAUGUGUGUAUAAUGUGAGGUUUCUGUAGAAAGUGUAUCUUUUUUUAAAGACACUACAUGUGAGUGCUGUUUUAUUAAAAACAGAAUUUUUCACAAUUAAUAUUUGUCUAUCUCUGAUUCUUAGAUUCAGUUUCAUAAAAGUUUGAGGCUUUUUCUAAUUAAAUAUGCAAAAAAUUUGCACACUGUAGAUCAAAUUAAUAUUUAUCACUUUGAAGACAUUUUUAAAAAUUUUGGAGAAAUUCACCUGCAAUGUUUUGUUCAUUUCCAAAGUGAAAAUUUUCAGAAUUCUGAAUAUUAAAAAAACAAAAAAUGUUUUAAGUGCUUUUGCAUUUAAGGAUGUAGUACAUAGUGUGAUUAUGAAGUGGGUGGAGCUUAAUGUCUUCAAAAGUGUUAAAGUUUAAGAAAGUGUUAUGGACAAGAACAAAAUAAAGUAAAAUAAUAUUUUUUCUUUUUUCUUUUUUAAAUAAUUUUGCCUUAUUUAAAUGUAUACAAACAUUCUAAAAACAUCGUCUUUUGAAGUGAUUAACGUGUGAUUAACACGUGACCCUCCCUGUGUAUCUUUACUUUCAUUAAUUUGAAUAUAUGACAUAUUUUAAAGCAUUUGAAAUAAUUUAAAUGUAUAAAGUUUAAAACUUUUUUUUUCAUGUUCUUUUAAGUUUGCUUUUAUUUCUGUGGGUUUGAAAAAGAUAAAAGUGCCACAUUUUCCAAGAGAAAUUAGGAAUUAAUUUUGUCUAAACAAUGUUAUCUUUUUGGUUUCAAAUGUUUUUAUGAAGAAACUGGAGAAAUAAAAUGUCAUUGUAAAAAAUAAAAUGUAUAAAUAUAUAA